AUGCCUUUGUGUAUAGAUAUAUAUAUACAGUCACUGUUAUCAAUUGCAAUUGCGGUUAUCUUAAUUCAGCAAAGUGCUUCGCCCACGAAUGCGCAGUCAAAUUUCGCACUUAACCAAGAAAUAACUGUUUCGUCCAAUAACACUUGUGGUUUGCAAGAGGAAGACGAAUUCUGCGUCGCGAUCGACCAGCGUCGAAACUGUCGGCAGUUUGACCUCUGUAUCACGCGAUGUUUCUUUGCGGAUACCAGUCCCGGGAAAUUGGAUCUUGUUGCUACGGGGAUAUCUCACGGCGAGGUAACGUAUAAAAACAUAAUGCCUAAUACUUCCCAGUGUAAAACAUUUAUUUAUUUAUGGUGCAUUAUCCAGUACGGUUGAUGUAGAAGGCUAUAUUAAAUAAUUGCCUGAUUAUAAUCAUGCUAAUUUACAUGUGAAUUCCUCUGAAACAAAACAAGUACUUUAUUAAUUCCGCUUACAAACAAUGUUUUGUUAUAUUUUCAAUGAUAGCUCAAAUUUAAAAUUCGUAAUAUGCAGUAAGCUUAUCGCUUGUUUGCUAACCCAUCAGUAGUCAUUUGGGGCCAUUUAUUCGGUUUACAGCUUGGGUGGGGGAGGGGGUUACUUCCUUAUAUGAGCAUAGUUAUAAGAGGAGAAUGGUUAUGAAAAGUGGCAAACAUCAAUGAUAAAAACAACAGUGCUGCAGUUUAUGUUGGAAGCACCCUGAAAGUGUACAACUCCUUUGCUUUCUGUUGGCAGAUCGUUGUGGAAUGAAUUAAUGCAACGUUUUUAUUGGUCAAUACAAUCAAAAUGAAAGGAAUGCUUUUGAGUGUUGUGCACUUUCAGGCCCACAAAAACAUAUAGCAAAGGAGUCUGAUGGGUUUCAUAACCAUUCCACUCAAUUAACUAUGAUAUGAGGCUAAUGGGGAUGUGCCACUGGAUGGGGUCGCUUUUUCACAACUGGAUUGACUAUAAUGGGGACGCAUUUUCGAUCAGGGUCAGUUACUAGGGGGGUCGCACAUGUUGGGAUUUUUUGGAGAAUUUUUGUACUGUAGAAGAAAAGUAAAGUGCUCUUCAUUCAAUCUAAAAAAUGGGUCCAUUCAUAAAAAUAGAAAGUUCAGACUUGGGAUUGUGAAAAUUACAUAUUUGCCCAAAAGUGACAAAGAUGGGGUCUAUAAGUGGCCACAGAAUAGACUAUAAUGGGGUAGGUCCUUGCCAUUUGGUCAAACAGUGCCUAGCAUGCACUAACCGCACAGUGACAUUUCCACUAGGCUCGAUUUCCGCCAUCUCCAGGGUGCGGUCUUUGAUCCUCCCCGAAGAGAGACGGCUGGAUGCGUGACCCGUUGACCUUGUCUGUGACGUAACUGGAAAAGUGAUGAUUUAGGCAUCUCCGAUGUCAUUGGAAGUGAAACCGGUCUCCAAUUUUCUUAUUUAUUUGGCUCAAAAUUGCAUCAAGAGCUCCCUUACCCACCCAAAUAACUUUCAAAAUAGCUUUCUCGGUACAUUUCCGUACAUUGUGAAAAAUAUUCUUCGCUACAUUUUUGUACACGGCGACAUGUAGUUUAUUUUCUUUGAUCUUCGAAUAUUGGUUGCAUCUUCUGUGGGUCCUUAGUGACUCACUCUCGGAAGCGGACCAAUUUAAAUGGAAAAGUUUCUGAUUUACCAGACAGAAUUUCCAGCGUAUUGAAUGUUCCUCUGUCGAAUAUAAAUGUGGACGGUUACAUCUGUAACGAACGCAGUUAUCGAGACCUAAAGUGUCAUGAAAAGAUCCUUGAAGAUGCAAAAUCUCUCCAACAACAAUCAUUAAAAACAAAGUUCACUACAAACAAUCGAACAAAAUGUUGUGUUCCUUCGGACUCUAGAAUUUCGCCUAGUUUGUCCAGGCCGUCGAAAUCGCUUCGCCAUGUGAUGGAUCAAGGGAGGACUCUCUGUUUUGAUGUGAUAAUUUCUGCGACAAUCUUUGCCAGACGAAAAUCUGAUGGUGGUAACAUGAUUGGCUUAAACCAACAAAGGAACUCGCACGUGUCCAGCCGCUCUUUCGGGGGAUGAGUGCGGGCUCAUUUUCCUGAACAGCGGCUGGUAAUCGAGCCUACAUUUCCAGUAGCCUGAAAAAUAUAUUUUUUUGAUGAACAGGAUUGAUUACAGUUCUUCUGUUAUCUGAAUUCCCCAAAACAACCUUACUUGCCAGUCUUGCAAGUUAAAAACAGAAUUCACUUGUUCGAUUGCAAAAUCCAGUAGUUCUGGGCCCAGUCGUUCGAAGGCCGAUUAGUGCUAACCCAGGGUUAAAUUUUAACCAGGGUCUCUUUUUCUUUUCAUCAAAAGCAUUUUCUCGGACAAUUUUCUCUAUUCUUUUUAGAGUAGCCAAUCAUCAAAUUGUUGACAAAAAGAAAUAAACUGAAUUUGCUUUUUAAGCUUUCAUUAUCUGAAUUCAAAUAAUUUUUUCGGACUAACCUGGGUUAUUUUAACCCAGCUUUGAACAACUUGGCUCAGGGCUAUUGGACACUACUCUCUUUACAUGCUAUGUCCAAAGCACUAAAAUAACUCUAUAACUUACUGGAACCUCUUGUAAAUAACCAACCCCAAAUAACUGUCUUUGACAGGUCUCUUUUGGGACGUCAUUUUUAUAAUUUUCCAAUGUUUUAACCCCAUGUAUGUGACCAUUAUUUGAUGCCUGGUCUGAUUUCUGUAUUAUGUCCUGUGCUACUCAAAGUAUUCGGAAGAACUUUAACUGACAACAUGGGACUACACACAUUGUAGAUGUCCUCUUAGAAGGGGGGGAGGUUAUGUUUGUCCCUUGUCUGAAUUUCAAAUAAUUUAUGGUCAUUGCUUUUUGAGGAGUAGGCAUUGCCAAUGUCCCUGUCGAUGACCCAUCUUUAUGUUGUUUGUCGCCAUCUUAUCUGGUCUAAUCUCGCUGUUUCGAGGCCAAGUCACUUGUCUGCAUUUUACCCUUACAGGCGUCAUUAUCAUCCUAGAAAUAACAUGUCAAAUAACUUAUCUUUCAAAAUGGCAAAUUAUACUGUAUGUUAUGCUAGUUUAUCUCCCAGUUUGAGACAAUUUUGCUGAAUUUUAACUGUAUUCCCUGUCCAGAGGCAUACCCCAUUAUAGGCCAAGGCCAAAUAAGAACUGCACUCCUACCUCCUUUAGAGGACUUCCUCAGAGGACCGCAGCCCAUUGAUCCUCAGUUGACCCCACUAUUGCUUACCCUUGCGAUACUAACUAUUAAUCAACAUCUACAGUCUAGUAGUGAUCAGUGUUCGUCAGUGAAGAUGUGGAGCCUACAAUAAUUACUAGUUUAUACCUAGAAGCACAGUCCACAAUCCUUGACAUACAGUCUAGGAUCCUUUAUUUUUUAUUUCCCUUGUUGUAAGAGCCAAACUGCUGGCUUCAUUUUCCACAUAGAACAGAUUGGAGGAAGUGUUAAUAAGCAGGCAUUAAUUUUUAUGAAAAGUAAAAUUGGUAGUAAAACUGCACUAUGUUACUUAAUUCUUAAUUAAUGUGAUAACCUUAUUUAAAUAUUAUUUGUCUGCAGGUGAUGCUGACAAAUCAAUCUAGCUCAGCAUGUUAUUCUCUCAGGAAAAGUACUGUUCAGUUAAAUGGCACAAGUGGAUUUAUCUCUAAGUCUUUUGACGGCUCAGCCUUGUUCAGUGACUCUCAAGGAUUUACUCUCACUCUUCAUCUCAGCCAGAAACGUCCAGACAAAGGGUAAAACAAACAUACGUUUCUCCCCAUGUAAGCUAGUAAUCCGAGACAGUCUUUGAUUCUGAUUUCAGACUUUGGAUUCCAGAAUUACGGUCGUUUCGCUACAAGUUGUUUCGCUACAUAAUGAAGUCGUUUCACUUUAAGUUGUUUCGCUGCAUUAUAAAGUGGAUUCACUGCAACCAACUUCUUGUAUCAAACAGUUUAAAACAAUUUAGAAUGAACUACAAACGGGUAAUAACGAGUUAAGUUAGCGAAACGACUUUACAACUUUGCAGCGAAUCGACUUGUAGCGAAACGACCAUACUCCGGAUUCCGUAUUUCUGAGUACGGGAUUCUGUAUUCCUUGUUAGUAGUCUUUGCUGGACUUCAAGCAUCUCGAGCGUUAUUCUCGAUUCCUACGGCUGGAUUCCGGAUUCCGGAUUCCAAAGCACAAGAGUCUCUAUUCCACAAGAUAUAAUUCUGGAUUCCGAAUAUGGAUUGCCUUACAUGGGGAGAUUAGAGUGAGAGAAUAAUACUUAAGACUAAUACGUGACUAAUACCAGUAGGGAUCCAAACUGAGUCCCGAAGGGCCGAAAAACUUUUUUGGGAGACCGGGCCCCCCUUAUCUCAGGGUGUGGUUGACCCCCUCCCUUCCGCUUAUCUCAAGGUCCGGAUCCGGCACUGAAUACGUAGAUUUACCUUUUGAGGUUUCAGUUUACUCUUCCUAAUACCAUCUGGUUCAGGGUUCUCAAUAGAAGGCGGCACCCGGCGAUUGAUCGCCGCUUACUUUGGGAUUUAUAGCCGCUUACUUUGUGUUUAAGUCGCUUUUCUUUGCUUUGUUUUGACACCUCUGGCUUUGCUGAAGAGCCUCCUACUUUAUCAGUGAUCACCUCCUACUUAAAAAUCUAUUGAGAACCCUGCUGGUUGUACUGGUUUUCAGAACAAAACUGUAGUUUUAUUGAUUUUAAGGGUCCGUGUAAAACUAUGCUUGGUGUUCGUCUUAAUCCCUAAAUAAUAUCAUCGUGGUUUGCAAUCGCGCUGGGUGAGAUAAGAACUGAACAAUAAGUCUAGGUACGAUUCGCAACGGCGAUUUUUAGCGCAACGGAGUGUUGCGAUGUCGGAACAAUGUUGUAACUAUUCCAAACAAUGUCACAACAAUGUUGCAACGCUGUGUUGUGCUGAAAAUUGUUGUUGCUUAUUGUCUCGCGUCACAUCACCUUACAUCAGCCCCGGCUUUACAUGCACACGGCGGCUCUGUUUUUCCUUAACAUACAUUACAUGUAAUAUUAAAAUUUUAAUUUACCUUAUCUCGAACUUUGUUUCAUUUGUUUUAUUUUGUCGACUUUUGUAGAUUAUAUACUAUACUACUAUUUCUUACUAAAAAGAAUGAACUUUUUUCAAUUUUUUUUUAGUCACGUCGUAACGAUACAAGAUAACAGUAGUCGUCUUGUCCUAAAACUCGCUGCCAACAGCAUCAACCGACAACUAUCCAUGGAAUAUGUAAAUUCAACUGGACUUAUAAGUGCUGUAUUCCUGAACGUUAAUUUAUCUGAUGGUAUCUGUCAUCACCUGGCCCUUGUUGUGUUUAACUCGACAGUUCAGCUAUUUGCUGAUGGAACUGUUGUAGCUGAAGAAACAACGUUAAGAAAUCUCUGGAACAUAAGUGGCAAUAUUUUUAUAGGUGGUGUACCAAGUGGUUCUGCCGAUGACUACUUUAUAGGUAGGUAGUAAACAAAACUUCUUCCGUUAUUUAUCGGGAGCUUAAGCAUCGGUGAAGGCGACGGCAACGAAAACGAGAACAAUUACUUUACACACGCUUCACGCUUUAAAGGUCGUCGUUGCACGUCUACGACCACGUGAAACUUCCUAAUUUCACGUUUUAUGGAGUACGUGAACACAAGACAACGAUUUUCUUUUUCGAUUCUUUUUCUCUUUGUAAACUUAGGUACAGUGAGUCAUAGAUUUCAGCUCUAGAAAAAUUUGGAAAAUUGAACGAGAUGGGUUAAGGGUGAUGUUACACGGGACGAUUCGCAACGGCGAUUUUUAGCGCAACACAACGUUGCAAUGUUGGAACAGUGUUGUAAGCAGAGUUAGAAAAAAAAUUUGAACUUCACUUGUCCAAUGGACAAGGGUAAAAAUCCAAAAUCACAGGGGUGCAGGCCCUGGACCCCAGUAGAAGCUUGACGCCUUCGCUCAGCGCUCGUUUACGAAAACAGUCAGUAUUUAUGUUAGAUCUGCGCCUUAUCCAGCCAUGUCUGGUCACGACCAUUUUGUAGAUAAUAACUGUAGACAGAGCGGUACCUCAGUUAAAGAAACUUGAGGCGGUGGGUGGCGCGAAGAUAACGAGACACUCAGCCAUUGCACGAGAUGCUUACAUACCAGUAUACAGGCUCAUGUACAGUUAUAUAUAUGCAGAAUAUUGGUGUAGUAGUAAUGGAUUCAUUAGGCGAAAAUAUUGUUAAUGAAAUGGUCAGCAUGGGAACACAAAUACUAAAUGAUCCUCUGCUAAGAAGGGAGUAUCUCUUCACCUGAAAGUAGCGGUGAUCUUGCAGGGUUUUAAACAUCUUCCUUUUUAGACCGUUUCCUUUCCUUUUUUUGGCAGGUCAGCUUGGUUCAGCCCAUCUUUAUACGGGGCCUCUCCUCCCAUCGGAAAUUAAAGCACUGGCUACUGGGCAGAGCGUCUAUCAGCCCCGCCUGGCCCAACACUGCAGAUGUCACGUGAAGUACCCAUACAUCUCUGCAGAUGUUGAUGGUAUAUACUGUGUCAGUCAUAAAACAAACAUUUCAGUAAAACGUUUGAACGAAAGGGCACAUUUUGGAGCCUUCGCUAAUGAUGGUAAUAUUGAUACUUGGUGGCAAUCUAAGAGAACUCGAGCACCGGUGAAUAUUACAGUGUCCCUUGGCGGUUUGAAGCAAGUAUUACAUGUUAAAAUAUUUUUCAAAUGGUGGCCGCCUGAAACAUUCAUUCUUUUAAAAUCUGCCGACAACGGCUCAACAUGGACACCGUGGCAGUAUUAUGCUAAAGACUGUAGAACUAUCUACAACUUGGAAAACCAGGGAAAACUAAGCUUUCCUGACAGCGUAAAUUGCGUUGAAGGAUCUUCAGUUCCCGUUCAGGGAGAAACUGUUUCAUUUUAUUUAUUGGAAGCCACAAGGCCUGGAGCUGAUAGUUUUUCAACGAACAAAACUCUUCAACAAUUUUCUUUUUCUACUCACGUUAGACUAUCAAUGGUUUCCUUUCUGGGAAAUUUAUCACAAAAGACAGAUUAUUUUGCAGUUUCGGAACUGGAAGUUUAUGGUCGAAAUUGUAUUUGCCCAAAUUUUGAAAAUGUUUCUUCUUGCGAGUGUAAUGGAAGCAUUACUAGGCCGCCAAACUGUAGCGAGGUGUUGACAUUCAACAGGGAUCGUUACACAAGAAAUAUAUUUCAUCAAACGCCCCCUGGUGUUCCUGUGCUUCAAGGUAAGGUUGCGUAAAACGCCAUAAGAUUGGUUUGUUGAAAAACGACUGAUUUUAUAAUUAAGAAAAUAAUUUCUGAAUAUUAUAACACGACAAGCCGCAUUGUUCGGGCUUUAAAAACGGGUAGUUCUGUGCUGGUCGUGUUUUACAAUAUUUUCGUUAUCGCCUUCCAGAAAAAAUUAUGGGUUGGGGAAGGUUACGUUUGGUGGAGAACGGUAGCAAAUGCACCGCAUUGUUGAUCACGCAACCAAAGGCCUCGUUCUAUGCUUCUCAGAAAGAAUAUAACAAACAUGAAUUAAUUAGCUGUCAUUUUAUAAAGCGCCAAUUCCUUUUAUGCCAGUCUCCUUGGAGUUGUCAUUCUAACUACUGAUGAUCCGAAAUGAUCCAACCAAAGGGGCAGGAGGGCUGAAGAAAGAAGUUGACGGCGUGUGUGAAAAACGGCUAAAUAAUAUACUUAUGCAGUCGUGUGGUUUGUUUGCAGCAAUUUUACUUCAAUCUACGCUGUUGUUAUUGAACCGUUGGAACACAGAAUUUUGAACACCUGUUUCACUUACCUCUCGUUGUUAGCCUGCGUAGCAAGUGUUUCUGUUUAGUUUCGGAGCAAAAAACGACCGAGGAACGGAAUUUUCGGUUUUGACCGCGCGAGAAAUGAAACGAGAGCCAAAAAAUGAAAGAGAGGGGAAGCGGGAGGGGAAGAAAGGAAACGCUUGCAGACAAACCCCUCGAUUUUGAAAACCUGCGUUCGUCAGCGAACGCAGCGCCUGAUUGGCGUGGCUAGUCGGCUGAUUGGCUGGGUUUGUCAGAAUUUCCAAACUUAGAUAUCUGUGCAAAUAUCUAUCCUUCUCGAAUUCUAUCCUUCUCAAGUCGUUUAAAAAAUGAAUAUUCUGCAUCGUUCCAUUUUGACCCGAACUGACCCGACUCGUAGCCAAGGGGUUUCUAUGUAAUAUAUGUCCUUGUGGAAGUCUUCUGUUCAAAUAUUUUCUAUAUGAUCUUUUCUAAACAGUUCAUGCUUCAAGUCUGUGCACUAGAUCAACGCCUGUUUAUUACUCCAUUAUUGAAAGAAAUGACAGCGGAUCUUUCCAAAUCGAUAACUCGACAGGGGUCCUUAAUCUACGCUCGUAUGUGCCUGUCAAUAGUACUUUUCUUUUCUUGAUUGGAGCUCGUCUUCGAAAUGGUUUAUCUACGGGAAAUUCGUCAGCGCUGGUCGUUGUAAAUGUUGUUGCACGCUCCACGUUGGCAUCGCGAGCAACGGUUGACUUUGAAACUAGGAAACUGGGGUUUAUUCAAGGCAAACAAACAUCUAACGUCAUGCGGCAGUUUGGAUUCUUUGUAAAUGGUUACCAAGACAUUGAGGGAAGCUUACGGGCGUCUGUAGGACACAUAAGCGCUGAAGAGAAUUACACGACAACAAGAGAGCGAGCUACUUUGGUCAGAGCUGUAUUGGUUAGCAAAGAUGUGUACUGCGAUCGGCCAGCGGUGCGUGUUAUUGCGCAGGUACAGGACCCUUCUUUUCACGUACGUACAUUGGUGGAUGAAAGUGAAGUUGUUGUUAAAGUCAUACCAAGUGCUAACUUGACAAAGAUUGAUGGCAGUCUCUUACAGGUAAGUUCAAGUCGUUUAUUAUUUAGACCUCCGGGCGUUGUUUGUGUGUUCCUUAUUUCGUAGCCUGGGACCAGGCUCCGCAGUUGGGGAAAAAGGCAAAAAACAGGGUCAAAUAGGGAAAAAAAGAGCGAGUGGGGCCCAACAUUGUCCUGGGGAGGGGGAAAGGGCGCCACCCUUUCCCUUCCCCAGAUUACCUCUCGGCUUGCGUCGCUCGCCGAUUUUUUUUCUUUUUCCCCCAAUGUGGAGCCUGGUCCCAGGCUGUAAGGUGUACUGGUGACUCAAAAUUACCGAUAGCGUUAUCCACCGGGUAAGCUACAGGGCCCAGUUACGUUGUUAGAAGGCCGGUUAGCGCUAACCCACGGUUAACUCUUAACCCUUACUGGUGACUCAAAAUUACCGAUAGCGUUAUCCACCGGGUAAGCUACAGGGCCCAGUUACGUUGUUAGAAGGCCGGUUAGCGCUAACCCACGGUUAACUCUUAACCCUUACUGGUGACUCAAAAUUACCGAUAGCGUUAUCCACCGGGUUGUUCGUUACGUUGUUAGAAGGCCGGUUAGCGCUAACCCACGGUUAACUCUUAACCCUUACUGGUGACUCAAAAUUACCGAUAGCGUUAUCCACCGGGUAAGCUACAGGGCCCAGUUACGUUGUUAGAAGGCCGGUUAGCGCUAACCCACGGUUAACUCUUAACCCUUACUGGUGACUCAAAAUUACCGAUAGUGUUAUCCACCGGGUAAGCUACAGGGCCCAGUUACGUUGUUCGAAGGCCGGUUAGCGCUAACCCACGGUUAACUCUUAACCCUUACUGGUGACUCAAAAUUACCGAUAGCGUUAUCCACCGGGUAAGCUACAGGGCCCAGUUACGUUGUUCGAAGGCCGGUUAGCGCUAACCCACGGUUAACUCUUAACCCGGGUCUCUUUUUCUUUUCACCAAAAGCAUUUUCUCGGACAAUUUUCUCUACAUUCUUUUUAGAGUAGCCAAUCAUUGAAUGUGCUUUUUAAGCCGUUUCACAUCUGAAUUCAAAUUUUCUUAACCCGGCUUUGAAGUCAAGAACUCGACCCCGUUUAGCAGAUAAGUAUUAGGGGAAAACAAUCGGGUUGUCCGCUGGAUAGACAUUUAUCCACUGGAUAUCGUUAGUCACACCCUUUGAACUUUCGUGCCUGAUGUAGACCCUACAUCUAGACCCUGUACAUCAUGCAUGUAAUGUGCAAUGGGAACACAAACAGUAGCAACUUAAGAAACCCAUUGACCCAUUGAUUGAGAUAUUCAUGUUCUCUUCCUAGGUGAUUGUUAAACCAAAUGCAGCAGAUGGUAUUGCUACAGUUCAGGUGCCUUUGCCUACUCAGUGGUUCUCAGACCCCUCUCUUGUAAAGCCAGAAAUGGUAUCCGUCACUUACCGACUUCGCAACUCUGGCUUACCCCCCGUGUUGCUAGGCAACGCUACAAUUCAUCCGGGACCCAACACACAGUUGUUCUCAAAUGAUGUUUAUGGUGUUUUGCCUUUUGAGCCCGUUUUUGUCGGAGGGACAUUUUCUUUUUCAGUUUACUGCGAUUCGUCGUAUGCCAUUGCCUCUUUUGCCAUCAAGCUCGUGAUUGGACCCUCACUUGAGGUUAUUGGCCUUGCAGUUGAUAAACAGCGCUGGCUAUCCGUUUCUGUUAACCAUAGCUCUACUGAGUGGAUGGUAAGUGGUACCUUGGCAAAUCCUGAGUCAGCUCCUCAAGGAGUUGUAAAGAAAGCAAAGCUGGUCAGCUUUGACGUGAAGGUCAAGGACACCGCUGACGUGGAUACUAACGCAACACUUGCUGUUGAGGUAGGUAUUUGUAUUCCCGUCAGUAAAGUCUUUCACUGGCAAAAGGGGCUUAAAUUUCAAAUACGAAAAGAAAAAACACAUUAGAAAAUUCCACCAAAUAGGAUGUAAUGUUCUGAGUCGUUCGGAGUGGACUGAAUCGUUUUAAGAUAAAUCGGAGCUCAAAUAGCCUCUCCCCUCAAUCAAAAUCGAGCAGAUGGACUCCCUCUCUCUCCGAUUUUUUAAGGGGAGGAGGCGGCUGUACACACAAAAAAACUUUUAUUGUUUUAGCUGGCAGCUAUGAGGAGGUCCAAUUCUGGUCUGCUCUCUGUUGCUUUUUAGCUCUCUUUUAAGGCAAAUAAGUUAAAUACAUCACAGCGAGGGUCGCAUCGGCUUCAAAUUAAAAGUCGUAAGAUUUUUAUCCUAUUGGGGUUGAGAUUGAAAAGACUUUGAUAUGUCAGCAAGUGAAGCAUAUUUCUAUGAAAUGUAAAAACACAAUCCCAGUAGUAAAAAGACUAUUACAGCUGCGAAAAGAAAGCCUAAAAAAUUUAGUCUUGAACGAGAUUGGAAGCCUUGACCUCCGCUAUACCGGUGCAACCCUCUAACUCUUCGAGCUGACAAGCCAACUGGAAGCUGGUCAUUCAGUUGGUUUGAUAUAAAGAAGUGAGAGGGCGAAGAUGAAUCAAUGAAUAUAUCAUAGGUAAAAAAAUAGUUAUUAGAACUGCUUAGUUCAUUAGCAAUAGUAAUAUUUCCUCAGCUUCUGUUUACGUUUAAACGACAGGUUGUGUAUCUCAGCAAUAUCAACAAUGAGGAAGUUCAAAUUGGUGGCCAGUUACUUCCUGUUAUGGCGGCCAUGGUUGAUAGAUCCGAUCAAUCACGACACACGCAAGGAAUAAUAAGGUUGACCACUAAUGUCGUCACAGAACUUAUACCAUACGCCAAACUUCCUGAGCUGGUUAAUACGGCUGUCAUCAACGGACAGAUGGUGUGGACAAACAUGAUGCUCCUGGCUGUUCAAAGUUCGGGUGACAUCAUUCUGCUGUCCUUUGCAAAUUGUACGAGUAUGUCAAAAGCUAUUCAGGUGACUAGAAAUUGUUCCAAAGUGUUCCUAAACGGUAGUGAGCCUGAGGGAUCGUCCGAUGCACGGGUCCGAGUUCAAUGUCACAACCUCACAGCGUUUGUAUCAUUCCGCGUGUGGUUUCCGGUUCUGCCUUUGAACCUGACUCUCAAGUAUCCAGACCUGGCGCAAGUCUCUGGUUGGUUGGAAUUCAACGCCUCUAGUGGGAAAUGUAUCCAGCGGUAUCAGUGGAGUGAAGUUCAAUCUGAAGCGUUGUUUUCUCACAAUGGAGUUCAUUUUGAAAACGUCUCGAUGACAAGUUAUGUUCGUGACCUCCUCACAAGUGAAAACAAGUCUAUUGUAUCUGUAGACAAAUUUGGUAAUGUUAAUGGGAUCUCUCCAGGUCGAACGAUUAUUACAGUUGUCAGUCCCUUGAAUGGUGCCGUUUUAGGAAGUGCUGAGGUCUCGGUCUCAUCCCAUAGGAUUGUCGAAGUCCAGUUGAUUGACACCGUCAUGGUAACGAACCUGACUAUAAGCAUCCCUGCCCCACCCUACCAUAGGCUGUCAACUCAAAUUGCUAUGACUUCCGUUUACCAGGAUCUCCGGCGUGAUCUCACACGUGGUGCUCUUGUUGCUCACGUCACGUUUAGUGACGACCGACGGCAAAAAUUAACCUCUGAACUCGGCCUCACUUUCAAAUCACUUAAUGAUCAAGUGCUGCAGAUUACUAGCCAAACAGAGGCAAUAUCUUUUGGCUCCGGGGCUGGCGUGCUCCAAGCUAAUUGGUGGUUAGCUCCCAGUGUAUGCUAUCCAAAUGGUUUUAGUCUUGCUGUAGGCUAUGAGAUGACGAAUGUGAGUCUAUCGCCUCCUACUGUGCUUGAAAUAACCGGCAUUAGCCCACAAAUCACUGUUCCAGGCGACCCGUCCACUGUUGCAGGGAUACCAACUUCAAGUCCAGUUGUGGUAACAUUAGUUUUCGAGAACGGACAUCGUGUAGACAUGAGUUCGGACCCCAGGACUGUGUUCGACUUGAGCCUGUCUGAAGGCUUCUUCACUGUGGACCGCGUUGAAAACAACCUGCCCGUAAUCAACGCAAAUACGCAAGGGAAAUUCGGUAAAAAAGAUCUCGUGGUUCGCUUUACUCAUUUUGUAAUUUCGGAUUCCGUGAAAGUCAACGUUGUAAAAUAUGUAAACUUUGCUUUACAUGCCAAACCUUAUCCUCCCUUCCCUGGGUCGUCUUUGAUCAAUUCGUUGAGCCGCGUUGCUGACACAAGUUCCCAUGAGAUGGCUUCACUGGAACUCUUCAUGGUGAUGAGUGAUGGCAUCAACUUUGAUGUCACGCAGCAUGAGUAUACGUCAUUUUCCUCCCUUUCUGCGGAUGUGAUUGUAGGACAAAGCGAUGCUAACCGCGUAACAGUUAGACCAGGUGUCACAUCGCAGGUCACGGCAGUUCUUGAGGGUCACUUCAGUGAUGUUGGAAAAAUGGAUUUGGUGAUGUAUGUGAGAAAUUCUCCUGUAAAUGUUACUAGCAUUACAAAUCUCGAAAUAUCACCUCUAAACAACCAAACUUUGUCUGGCGUCGAAAAUUCCAUUGUUGCACAGGUUCAAUUGUCUUUAACUUUUAAUAACGCAAGGCGCCUAGAGCAUUUUUACGAGAGAAGUACCGCGUUAUUCCCUGGAUUAAUAACUUUGACCAGCGAAAGUAACCAGGUGUUUACUGUUGACUCCACCACUGGCCAAGUCACCCUUCGAAGAAAUUACCACCAAAGGCUCUCUCUUACCGCCGCUGCCUCGCUUUCUAUGGUGACUUCAUCAAUAUCAGUCAGUUGCAAUCUUCAGCCAGGAAUUGGGGAUGUUGAUGUUGGAGAAGAAAGUGGGCUACCCCUUCCUCCAAAACCCGUGGGAUCUUCAUUUCAAAUGAAAGUGCGUUUGAAUGCCGGUGAAAGUCCAGGACUGAAAAAGAUGGACUUAACUCUUAGUUACGAUCAUACAAAACUUGCGGCAAUUUCUGUGACAAUAAGAAGGGUUUGGAGCUGUGUUGCAAACCUAAACACUCCUGGUCAAGUUUCUCUUGACUGUGACAGUGACUCGUUGUUGACUGGUACCGUUGACAUAGGGGAAAUCUCUUUUAAUGCCACAAGCACUGGCUCGGCUGCCAUUCUCGGUUCUGUAACUACUGAUCUCGGAAGUUCAUCGAUAGUCGCUGGAGAAGUCUAUCAAGAAAUUGUUGUCAGCGGUAAACGAAGAAGGCGCAGCCUCGAUGGUAAUGAUAGACGUGAUGUAUUUGUUGCUCAUACACGGCGCAGGCGUAGUGUGUUGUUUUGUGCAAGUCCUCCUUGCCAGUGUGACAGCCCUCCCCCGCCUGGGGACGUUAACAGAGACUGCCUGUUUGACCUCACUGAUGUUCUGUUUGUACUCAAAUACUACGCUUACUUUUCCUUUAAUUUUUCAAGUGUUACUGGCAAACAGUUCGUCCAAUCACUCUCAGCCAAUCAAUCACGUGAUCUUGACGUAGAUCGAAACACCAUUGUGAACCCAGCUGAUGCAUAUUAUCUAGUACGUGUGCUCAUGGAUCUGGUUCGACUUGUCUCUGGUGUAAGCGUGGUUCCAGUACAGCUGCUUAGCUCGGAUUGCAAACUCUCGUUCAGCGUUACAUUAUCGGCAAAGAAUGGUCCGGCUCCUGAUAGGAAUACUUUUGUAUUCUUUGACGUUAUCUAUAGUGGGAGCCCUGUUGACUAUGCAGGGACCAGGGGACUACAACGUGGUGUUGGUUUCUAUGGAAACCUCAUCCGGGCUGUUAGUAAUGGUAACGGGAGUUUUACUGUCCAGGCACCAAUGGAGUCUGUGCAAGAAGGUAUGGGACUUGUCGUGUUUCAUGUGACACUUGACUCUAACAACCGCACGAGUGUGAUAAGGUCGUCAGCUCUGCUUGGUAACCCGCGACCACCGUUCAUGUUUCCUUUCAGGUUAUCAUUAGUCCUGGACGUUGCGAAAGAAAGCGUAAGGCUGACCACGAGCAACAAUUACAACCCUUUUCUUUUGUUUAACAACACGCUGAGCUCCGCUGCUUGUAAAAAUAACUUCACGCCACAGUUUGAACAGCUUGUGUAUCACGCCAGUAUCUUUGAGAAUGCAACCGUUAACUCUUCAGUUGUUACGGUAAAUGCGACAGACAAGGACUCAGGAAACAGCGGUAGAAUAUGGUACAGUCUGGUAACCCGCGGUGAAACGUUACCUUUCGCUGUGAAUGCCACAUCGGGCGUCCUUCGCGUUGCACGAUCUCUGGACCGUGAACAAAAGGCGAGGUACAAUCUUACAGUAAGAGCCACUGACGGCGGAACCCCGGGACGAGAGAAGUUUGCACAAGCACACGUUAUUAUUAUUAUCGGUGAUGUAAACGACAACGCUCCAGUUGUGCUUGACAUCAUACCAAAUCAUGUGUUAAAAAUUCCCGAAAAUUCUGUCAUAGGAAGUCCGCUGGCCAGAAUAAUCGCGUCUGAUAGGGACGUCGGAGAAAACGCCGUAUUUGUUUUCAGCUUCUAUGGCAACUCUUCUUGGAAUGGAACUUUUUCAGUGAAUUCAACAACUGGUGAAUUGUUACUCAACAGUUCGCUUCAAGGAAAAGUUGGAAACAUCUAUAAAAUCGUAGUGUUGGUUUCAGAUUAUUUUGUUCCCUCGUUAGCUACCAAUUCGACUGUUGAAAUUCACGUCACCUACGCUACAGAUGUUGAAAUUUUUUUCACAUCUGAAUUUUACGAAGCGAAUGUUACAGAAAACAGCUUGGAAAAUACCAGUGUUGUUCAGGUACAAGCAUACGUCCCAGGACUCCCUGCAGCUUUCAUUGUAUAUUUCUUACAGGAGAUCUCGCCGUUUAAAGUUGACUCAGGUGAUGGUCAUGUUAUGGUAAAUACGACUGUUGAUCGAGAACUCGACUCGUUCUUCUCUCUCACCGUAACUGCUCUUUAUGGAAGUAACAUCAGCACUAACGCUACAUUGAAUAUCACCAUUUUGGAUCAAAACGACAACGCUCCCGUCCAUUAUCCCGUACCAUUGUUGCUCGUCCCGUAUAACCUUCCCGUUGGCAGGGAAGUCUAUCGAAUAAAUGCCUCCGACAGAGACGUCGGGGAAAACGCUGCCCUGAAGUUCACUUUUCUCGGAAACGUCUCUAAAUAUUUUGUAAUUGAUAAAGAAAGUGGAGUGAUUCUCCUUAAUUCGUCGCUUUUUAAUUCAAACGAAACUUUUCAGCAGCUGCUCUUUGAAGUUUCCGAUUCAGGCCUGCCUCGGUUGUCAAGUAUCGUUACAGUUAACAUAUCAGUCUUCUUUCCACCACGAUUUUCGCACCAAUUUUCAAACGUCACCACACCAGAAGAUAUCUCAACGGGAACUGUUAUAUAUACAUUCGCACCAAGAAAUAUCUCUUAUCAAGACAUAGAUACGUAUUUUAUCAUAUCAAACGGCAACUUUGACGACAAAUUCUCCAUACGAAAUAUCAGUGGAGAGGUGUUUGUACGAGAAAGUUUGGAUAAAGAACAGAGAGGCUUCUAUUCGUUAUCCAUUAUGGCAUGGAACUUCGCUGUGAAACAAUUCGCAGAAAUUCAAGCGACACAACUAUUACUCAAUAUCGUUGUGCUUGAUGUAAAUGAUAAUGCGCCAUAUUUGGAGGCUAUAGAACCAAUCACGAUCAAGAACACUGCUCACGUGGGAUAUCUAUUGGUGCAAGUGAACGCCACUGAUUUAGACGAAGGUCUUAAUGCGCAACUGCAGUACAAUAUCACCUCCGGUAACGAGCUAAGUAUAUUUGUUAUAGAUGAGUUCGGUUUUCUACGUUUAAACGCUUUCCUCCUUUACGGCAACAUACCAUUCUUCUCUUUGACCAUCAACGUAUCUGACCACGGAUCUCCAAUGCUAUACAAUACUUCUCAGAUCAAUAUUACAGUUGAGGACGAACGCAGCUCCCCUCGUUUUAAUCGAACAUUCUACAACGUUUCUUUGUCGGAAAACACCCCGCCUGGAAGUGAAGUUGUCGCUGUAUUUGCUUCAGAUCCCAACGGAGAUCCGCUCUUUUACAACAUAUCUUCCAAUUUUGCAAGCUUGUCUUCCAUCUUUGAGGUCAAUUCAACCUCUGGGAGAGUAAUAACGCUACUAGAACUUGAUCGAGAGAGCAAAGACGUUUACCAUUUUGAAAUUAUUGUGUACAAGAUCUCGCCGCUUACAAGAAAGAAAUAUUUUGACAACGCAACCGUAUAUGUACAUGUCCUAGAUGUUAAUGAUGGAAGUCCUCGAUUUAAGCAAAGAGUCUACGAGGUAGAGUUAACAGAAGAAAAUCCUCCUGGUGCAGAGUUGGUAUUAGUUCACGCUAAUGACAGCGACAAAGGAUUGAACGCUUUGGUGUCGUACUCUAUCAUUUCUGGAAACGAGAGCGUUUUCAACAUUAACAGCACAAGUGGUGAGAUUACAGUGUUGGUAUCUCUUGACUACGAGUUAGUGCAUCAGUUGAAUUUAACCGUGCAGGCCAAAGAUCAUGGGAUUCCUCCUCUCGACGACAACGCAUCUGUUGUGAUUAACAUCCGGGAUAUUAACGAUAAUACGCCUGUUUUUGACAGUGACUUAACUCAGAACCUGACCUUACGGGAAGACGUAUCUCAAGGGUCACGUGUUGUAAAAAUUAACGCUACCGAUGCGGACAGCGGAGCAAACUCCAAUUUAUCCUUCUCAAUUGUUGAUGGAAACAUAAACGAUGCUUUUGGUAUAAAUUCAUUCAACGGGCUCAUUUCCACGGCUUCAUUGCUUGAUUUUGAAAGAGUAAAGUAUUACUCUUUAAACGUAACUGUCGAAGACCAUGGGACUCCUCCCCUGAUAAGCAGCGUGCUGUUGCAUAUUGAAGUGAUUGACGUGAAUGAUAUGGCACCCGUCAUUAACCCUUUGUCUCCUGUGUACGUUAGAGAAAAUGUCGCUAUUGAUACAGUUAUUGCACGUGUCAAUGCGACCGACGGGGAUUCGGGGUUGAAUGCUGUUAUGAACUUCAGUAUAAUCUCUGGUAAGUAAACUGUGUUUCUCGUGUCUGGUAAUGCGCUUCAGUUUCCUUGCCCUCAAGUUAUUCCAAAUACAAUUGGCUUAAACUUUUCGUUUUGCAUUAGUAAAAUCUCUUGAUAAGUAAACGUUAGUUAAAGUAAGACGAACCCUUCAUCUACUGGUCUGGCAUCCAGUGGGGCAUAGGAAGCGCUCGAACUGUUUCACCAUUGAGCCCUAAGCGCCGAUCUUUUAUUCCUUACCGUAGGCUGCUUCUCAACUGUACUUAAAAGAACUUCUUUCUUCUAUUUUGUAGUAGUUUCUCUUCUCCCUUGAAAAUUACAACGUUUCAAGUUUGGUCGGAGUAUCGAGACUUUUGAUUAAUGUUAUUUCCUUUUAGAUUACUCCCUUUAUUGACCUCGAUCAUGUUGACGUUAAAACUUUGCCUUUGUACCAUUGUAGGGUUUUGGUGUUCUUCUGUAACGAAGGCUUUGAUUAUCUCUCUUCGUAAAAGGACUAUUUUUAUGUAAUGUCUCUUUUGUCUCUCAAAUCCAUCAUAGGUAAUUUGGCGUCGGAUUUUACCAUCAACGAGACCAGCGGGUUAAUAACAACAACGCAUGCUCUGGACCAUGAAAACGUUUCUGAAUACAGAUUAAACAUUUCUGUCACCGAUAAUGGAAAUCCGCCUCUGUCUUCAAAUACUAUUCUGCAGAUUUACGUUGUUGAUGUGAACGAUCACCGCCCCAUCUUUAGCCAAGAUUUGUAUGAAGCAAGCGUGUACGAAAACUUCACACUGAAUGCAACAGUCCUGCGCGUGCACGCCCGCGAUCUGGACAGUAGCACAGCAGGUGGUAUAGUCUACAGUAUAGAAAGAGGAAAUCAAAAUGGCACGUUCUUUUUGAGUUCUUCCUCUGGGGAACUAAAGCUCGCUCGAGAACUGGAUUUUGAAGAGGUUAAAGAGUAUUUAAUUGUUGUGAAAGCAAAUGACAUUUUUCUUCCCAAUAACAGUGUUGAUUUUAUUGGUGCGGCAAAUAGCUCUAAUUCCUCGACGUCGCUUUUCAGUUAUGCGAACCUUUCCUUGACAGUGUUAGACGUCAAUGAUAAUCAACCGAAGUUUUUAAAAGAUUUUUAUUCUGUUGUAAUCAGUGAGAACCUUCAACCAGGAUCUCUCAUUACUCGAGUCAAUGCAACGGAUCAAGAUGCAGGCGAAAAUGCAGUGAUUUCUUUUACAAUUCUACCACCAAGCUCAGCCGAGGAUAUGUUUGUUAUCCAUGGGUCUACUGGUGAAAUAAGAACUAAUUCUUCCCUGAGAGACGCAAAUUAUUUAACCAUCGAAUUAUCAGUUAUUGCAUCUGAUGGAGGUUCGCCAAUGUUGAAUAGCUCCGUGAUUUUAAGCGUGAAAAUAGACUAUAACGUAUCUUUCAAUUUCAACGAAACAAGCCCUUUGUCUUUCUUGCUUCGAGGGGCGUUUCAGGUUGGUUCACCUAUUAUGCUGAGCCGUCUUCGCGCAAAGACUAAGAUUGGGCUCUUUUCUCAACUGUCAGGCUCAUUUCAAGUUAGCGUGGGAACUGUCCAGUUGACAAAUAAAUUUGAAUUACUCCAUGAACCUGCAAUGCACGUGAAAGCAGCCCUCGUUAGCAGUUGGCCAGACUAUCAAGUGAUAAGAAUCGCAACACAGAUAUUUGACCGGAGCUUUAAUGUCAAGACCGAUGAAGCAAAAGUGUACUUUAAGGCUGUAAAUAUGGGUACAAACUCAGAGGUUAAUAUCAGCUGCAUUCCUUUAGCUGACACUGGAAUCUGCGUGGGAAGUUGGCAAAUACCACAGGAAUGGCUUAAUACCACUCUAUUCUCUCAGAUGGUCUCUGUACAAUAUGGCCUAGAGCCCUCCCAGAUGGUCGAACUGAAUCAGAUUCGUCUUACUGGGCAACGUAAACCUAAAGUUGAGGGAAACUUUGUGAUCGUGGCGCCGCUAUAUUUGCUUAAUGUAGGUGAAGAAUUUUCGCUCCAGGUGUUUGGACAUUACCCUAAAUUUGUCCGGUAUUAUACGCUUAUGUUUACGCUUUCGUCUGGAUUAAAGAUAAGGCAGGUGGAAGCUGCGCCUUCGUGGAAAAUUCAGACAACUUUUAAUGGCGUUAGUCAAUUUGUUGUGUUUGGUGUCAGGAGAGAUCUUCAGAGUGAAGAAACUGGAGACCGUAUCUACCUGUACUUAACCAUUAACGUCGGAGUAAUAGAAAUUGCCAAUAUGGUAAGCCCAGAAUACAUGGAGUGUAUUGUGAGCCAAGUAAGCGAUCGAGAAGGAAAUCAAAUUAUUGCCGCGCCAAUGAAAGCUGUUUUUGAAGACAGAUUUGGAAGACACGAGAAAGGGCAGUUUGUUGUUGUUCCACAUGAGGUUAAAGCUCUAUUUAUCGUCCCUGAUCACUCUGUCAUUUUCAACACUGCGUUGUUGAAUGGAAAACGGAUAGAUGUUGCUAUGGUAGUAUAUGGCGUGACUGCGUUAGGAAGAAUCGUGAACGUGACAGAUGUAGCCUGCCGCAGUCUCGAUAGUGCUACUUUGAAAGUUGCAAGUGACUGCUCUCGUGUUUACGUAAAUGGCAGUGAAACGAAAAGUUCAUCGGAGGCAGUGAUUGAAGUUUUACAUCACGAUAUUACAGUGAACCAUUCCUUCAUCGUAUGGACACCAACAACUCCUGUUUCCUUGAGUGUCACUCUUGCCAAACUUAGGAGAAUACGUGACUGGUACGAUCCCGAUGAUUCUUGCAAGUCACGCUACCAGCAAGCCCGCGUGACAGCGCGUGCAGAUUUUGGCAAUGGAAAGCAAUCUUACACUGGUGUUAAUGUCACCCAAUAUGUUAAAGAUAACUUGAAAAGUUCGAACACUUCUGUUGCCGAAAUCGUUGGUUCCACAGUUUAUGGCAAAAAUGUAGGACAGACCGCUAUCUCCGUUUACAUUUCUGAAGUGAAUCUAAAUAUCGGACAGGUUGUCAUUGAAGUUUCUAGUGAGGAUACACGAGUUUACCUUCUCGAGGCAAUCAUUACUACCCGCAUUGUCGCCACACUUCCAAAGUCACUUAAUAAAUCACUGGAAUAUAACGUGAUUACUGACAUAAAUGAGAGGUUUUCCAUCCCGGAAGAUGAAGGCAGCCUGGUAGUAUCGGUUCAGUAUAGCGAUGGAGCAGUAAACACUUUUGGGGACCUGUCUGGUGUCUUUGCUAACACUACCGACACUAGUGCUAUCACGGUGCAAGGUGGACGCGUCUCAGCGGUAAUAAAUAGCAGUGGUAAUACACUUCAAGUAGUAAUGCAUUCAGGUCCCUGUUCUCAACAACCAACCAUUAGCUCCAUUGUUAACGUUGACGUCCGUUUCCAGGAACCUGAUUUUGUUUUCAUCACUUCAACCUCAAGACAAUUAACACCCCAUGAUGACCCUGCUGGAGCUGUUGGAGUUGCUUUGUUCGCGGAAAUAACAGUUUUUCUUGUUUAUAACAGUAGUGGUCUACAGCAGCGUAUUGAUGUGUCACGAAAAAACUGGACCAUUUAUAACUUGGAGAUUGGCGCGAAUUUAGCUAACUUAACUGUAGGAGAACGCGGGGUGAUCAUUUCCGCAUCCGGUAAUGGGUUUGGUCAAGUUGAAUUGUCGGUAAAGAUCAGCCAUUUCAAGGCAAGUGGUCAGGUAACACUGGAUGUCAUUGGUGCCAAGGAACUUCGUUUAUAUGCGAGUCCGUACCCAGUCUAUAACUCGUCCGUGGGUCAGAACGUUACUCAUUUAUAUCCGAUCGGAAAUUCAGGAACGUAUCAACAGGCGCGAUUGGAUCUUCUUCUCGUUCUUUCAAAUGGUACAACGUCUGAUGUCACAAGACAUGCAAGCGCGCGCUUUGACAUCAGAUCCACUCAACCUGCUGAACUUGCGCAGAACAGCUCUAUUAAGGGUCUAGACGGAUAUCACGUGGUUUCAGUGUGGUGGAGUAGUAGGCGUGGCCAGCUGUCGAUCAGUGCAAGUUUCAAGGGCGUAUCUAGUCAUGUAUAUAACCUUCAAGUCGAACCAACUCCUCUAACAGUCACAUUUGUAGAAUUUACCUUGGCUCCGAAUUUAACGCUAAGUGGUUUUAGAGAUAAUGCUACGUUGCAACUAUCCAUCAAUGUUGAAUUCAGCGACAAUUUCAAAAUCCUUGGCCUUUUUAGUUCAGUGAAUACAACUUUAUAUAAUCUGGUUACGUUCAGUACUGAAGACACGACAAAAAUUUCAGUAAACGAGACAAGCGGCUUGGUAACACUAAAAAGCAAUUCACCGCACGAAGUACGUGUAACAGUGACUACAGUGGAAUCUCCGUCAAUAAAAGACACCCUCGCCUUCGCUUGCAAUUUAUCCCCGGAUGUUGGUGACGUGGAUAUCGGUAACGUCACAGGUGUCCCGCUGAAGCCUGUCUCUAUAGGAGAAAGCUUUACUGCCGCUGUACGCAUUAACGCUGGAAAUAUGAUUUUAGGAAGCUUCGAUGUCGAAAUAGUAUACAACAAUGAAUUGUUGGAGGUUGUUAGCGUAAGCGAGGGUACAGACAUGGUUGGUUUCUUUAUUACUAAUAUUUUUAGUGAAAUCGGAAAAGUGCGAAUCGCUGGGGCACUGAGCUUAGAGACUCAGGAACAUCAGCUGCGCCAUGUUGCUGAUAUCAAAUUUCGAGUAAUUUCUGGCGGGAAAGCGCGUCUCAAAGGAAAUGCGCUCAUGAUUGCUGCUGAUGAUCUCAUUGGUAGCGUGAUUGGGUUGUCUGUGCCAAGGGCAAUAGUCGCUGGAGAUAUCGAAAUAGAGGCUGGCAAUGGCGUGGAACCCCUCCGCAGAUCUUUAAGAUCGGCGCAUAAGCAAUUUUCUAGUACCUCACGCACAAAGCGCUCUGUGGUUCCUUGCCCCAGUCCUCCUUGUUCAAGCUGUCCGGACGGAAGAGAGCCUGGAGAUACCGAUGGCAACUGUAUUUUUGAUAUAAGAGAUGUAAAAUUCACUCUGACUUACAUGACGGAAAAACAGUUCAACUUCAGUCGUGCCAAAGGACAGCAGAUUCAGAAUUCAAUCACAGAGCAACAACUACAGUUCUUGGACGCGAAUGGAGAUGGUUCAGUGACCUUAAAUGACGUCAAUCUUUUGUUAAAUGCGCACCUCAAUGCUAUUCCUUUGUUUCCUCAAAUCUCAGUUGUCCCAGUCGAAGAUCCUAAGUCCAAAUGUCUUUUGACCAUUUCUUUGCCUGCUGCAGAGCUGGGUAUAACGCCAUCAAGUACAAACCAAACAAAGAUUUUCCUUGAUGUUUCGCACUCUGAGAAAAACUUUUCUAGUAGUUUACUCGAGAGUGUUUUCACGAAAGGAAUAUUGUACACCGCAGAAAAAGGACUAGGAGUCAAUGGCGGAAUCAUUCAAGCGGAAUAUAACAGCGCAGAGAAAACCUUUGUGACUUCACUGAACACGUCGCUGAUCUACUCUAAUCUUGGAUUAUCGUUCAUUCAGGUUGGUUUUUUAAAUGAUGGAUCGAUUGACUUCUCAAGAACGCUGCUUGUCAAUGGUCUUUACACUCAGCCACCCCUCUAUCAAGGCAUUCUUAACACUACGCUCGACCUGGGGAGUGGGAAAAGCUUCAGCGUUCAACGAGUAAACGGCUACAACCCGUACACUUUCUUCAAUAAUUCCUUAGCGUCCACAAACUGCAGUGAUGUACCUCUGCUUGAAAGCGAUCUUUUCUUGGAUCCAAUUCACGCGACAAAGAUUUUGGCAACGUGGAAGCUUUUAAAUGUUCGAAAAGGACUAAACUUUUCGUUUAUUCUUUCGCUGCGACUUUGUGACUCCGCCGUGCUAAACAAACCGUGUGAAGUGCGCACACACCAAGCGAGCGGGACUAGACACACCGUGUCUGGCCUCAACCCCUACACAAACUACUCAGUUAAAGUAGAAACCACAGGCCUACCAGUGAGAGAGACAGGCUGGGCAGCUGUGCGAACGUUAGAAUCAGGUAUGGAAAGUAAAUAGUUUUCCAGUGGAUAAGUGUUGGGUAAUCAAAUGCGUUAUCCAGUGGAUAGCACUGACACUUUGAACAAAUGGGUCUGCUGAACUGUUAUAAAUAAAGAAAAGUCUUUCACUUAGUCUUAACUUUUUUAAAGGAAACCAAACUGUACAAUGGAGCUCUAGCUGCUUUUCCAAUAGUAAUCUUUGUCUUCUCCUCAAGAAUUUCUUACAGUUGAUUAGUUUUCAAUAAAUAUUAUUUUUUAGUUAUAAUCAGGUGUAUUUAUUAUUUUUCACUUUUGGGAGGACGUCAUGUGUUGGUGUUAAGUCAAUAAAACUGGCCUUACGGUGAGAGAAUAUAUUAAGAAAUGAAAAGAUUAACAACACUUACCCCAAACUUCCAACACGUCCCAAAAGGAAAGAAGUGAGCUUAAUCGCUAAUUUAGAAAAUAAAGCUUUCACUAAAUGGCAUAAAAAACUACUGUCUAGUACUUAUCCCCAUCCUUCGCAUCUGAUUUUCAGUGCUAAUCCUUAACCUAGGCCAAUGUAUUCGCCUUCUUGCCUCUCUCCUGAGAGCAAGAAGGCCUUUAAAACUGAGUGUGAUAAUACGAGAUAGAUUGAGGAGAUUUAUUCCAAAAUCUGCGAACAUGUUUUCUAUUAUUAGUACCCGAAGGAGUUCACCCUCCUGUCCUGGAACCCACGGGAUUUUCUUCAUUAAACGCGUCUUGGACAGAGCCCGACAAACCUAAUGGCGUCAUCAUCAGCUACUCUUUGCACAUGCGCAACAUGUCAGCUUACGCUGUAAUUUACCAAGGCUCCAGUAUGUCAUUUCAUGUGACUGGACUAUCCGCUGGUCAAGAGUAUUUUUUCUUCAUCAUGGCUAAUACUUCUGUUGGUGGAACCGAGAGUACUGUUGUCAGUGCCUCUAUUCCAGUAGAAAGGACUGAGCCGAGUAAGUAUCCCUGUAAGGAAAAUUCGUUAUUGUCCGAGCCUGAGGUUAUUAACCGAGACGAAAGUCGAGGUAAUAAAAACGCAAAAAAAAAGGAGGCCAAUGUUGAGUCAUGUUGACCUGACAAGCCUGGUCAAUAAAGGAUUUAUUAUUUUUGCUUCAUCUUGCCCGCUCGCGUAUUCCUCCAUAUAAUAAGCCUGGAUAUUGGCCAAGUCCUUUAUUGCGCGUUUAAGGAACGAGAAGGAGUUGAAGUCAAUAAAACGCCAAAAAGCACGCGGCCAAUAUCCAGCCAUCUUGAUCUUGGUCAAUUAUUUUUUUGUGAUAUGGGCAAAGAAGGAAAGUUUUCUUUCUCAAGAACCAUUUGAGUGUUUUGACUGAUAACUCGGUUUUAUUUGUAGCAUCAGGAGCCCGCACAACUGGUGUGUCAGUGGGAUUGAUAGUGGGUAUCACUAUUGCCGGAGCUGCAUUCAUUGCCAUGUUGAUCAUUCUUAUCGUGUGGCUCGUCAGAAGACGCACUGACCGGCGCAAACCCAGCACAGAUGACUACCAGUCACUAUUCAAGUACAAUUCUCUGGUAAGUAGUACCGACAGGUUGUUUUAGCCAUAGAUCUGAACUCCAGAAAAAUUCGCCAUAAUAUGAAAAAUUGAACGUGGUGUAAUAAGGCUGAUGAAGUUUGAAAGAGCUGGAGGUCACUUUUUAAGAGAGGCUUUUGCCGCCCGUCGUUGUUGUAGUUACUCAGGCUCCCUAAUCUUAGACAAGUACCUUUCGGCAAUAUGUGUUGUAAAUAUACAAUACGAACUUUACUUUUAGAAAUUCCUUCACCCAACAAACGUUACAAACACUAAAAAGAGACUACCUGCGUCGAAGCAUAGUUACUCCUACAGUGUCCCCUUUUUUGAGGAUACUCCUCCUUAGCCAGAGGUUUUACCAAGAAGGCAACAGUACACCUUUCAUCUUUGGAUUCCAGCAUUGCAAUAAUGCAAAUUAACAGAUAAUUAUUAUUAUUUUUUAGUAAUAGUUUUCUACUUAUUAACCGUUGAUUCUUCGUGUGUUGAUAAAUAUAGGAUAGCACGAUUCGAGAAAACUUCACGUUGCAGCUUCGAGCAGCAUCCUCGAACCUUCAAGAAACGUCUUCGGUGAGAGGUCGUAUGUACGAAAGUCAGUUUAGCAUUGAUGGACUGGAGAAUCCCUGGAGAGAACAGGUACGUCACGUGAUUCGUCAUCUGUUCUGUUGCGUGCGCAGGGUUGCAAGCACGAUCAGAGAUUGCAAGCUGUAGCAAAAUGGUCCGCAAAUUUCGCAAAAAUCGCAAAAGUAAUAAGAACGUUUCUUGGUAUCUAAAAAUACUGAGUAUUAAAGAUAUCGCAAGAAUAGCAAGAGUAAAAAAAAAUUUAAAAAAUUCUGGACUUAAAGAGAAAAGGCCAAGAAGGGCCCCUCGAGAAAGCCUCAAAUUUCGCAAGAAUCGCAAAAGUAACAGGACUUUCUUGCUAUCCAAAAAGACUGAGUAACAAAUAUGGCAAGAAUAGUAAGAAUAACAAAUUUAACGAAAUUCUACACUUAGAAAGAGAAAAGGCUAAGAAGGGCCUCGAGAAGGCCGCAAAUUUCGAAAAAAUCGCAACAAAAGUUAAAAGAAUUCUCGUUGCACUAAGAAAAACACUUUAAUAAAUAUCGAAUCAAUACCAAGAAUAACAAAUUUUGCAAACGUUCAUACCUGUAAAGAACAAAGGUAAAGAAAAAGUCCACAAAUUUUCGCAAAAAUCGAAAACGAAAAAUUGACAUUGGUAAGAAAGAAGCAAGCUAAAAAUAUAGCAAGAAUGACAAAUUUAGCAAAAGAAUAAAGGUAAAGAGGGCGCUCUAGUGGUCCGCAAAUUUCGCAAAAGUAACAAGAAUUUUCAUUGCAAUAUCAACAACAACCAAAAUUGUUCCAAUUUGCAAAAGACUAGUAAAGAAUUGUGGUAAAGAAGGCCAUGGAUAUGGCGACAAGUUGCAAAAGAGUAACAAGAAUAGCCAAGAAUUAUCCAUCAAAAAGAAGGGCAAAAAGAGGCCAAGAACACUACAACAAGUUAUUUUCACAUACAGAAAUGUUAUUAAGUUGGUGACUUUGAUUCUCCAAAUCGCGUAAAAAAUUGAAGCUGAAGAACUUUGGCUUUGGCAAUGUCCAAUACAUGGUCCGAGUGAAAAACAGUAUAGAGGUCAGAUAAGACGGAAAGACGGCUAUCAAUUAAUUCGCAUUUUAAUGAGUGGCAAUCAUGGUGCCUGCUAGCCAGUUCCAAGCGCUCAAAUUACGUGAGAAACGAAGUAACAGCGCCGCGCCCAGGGAAAGGAUGUAAGGUAAGUCAUUUAUGUCAUACAACAACAACAACAAUCUUUAUUUGUACUCACUCUUGCUCAAAAAUAAACUACGACAGUGAAAAUAUUGAAAGCAAAAAUUAGAGUACUGGCUGGAAAAACCAUAGGGGCAAUGCAAAGAGGCGUAUCACAAAAGACAAAGCAACAAUUCUGGCUCUUUUAAUCUUAAGAUCCUCUCCCAUACGAGAGUACCCAAGACUUUUUUUUCAUUGAAAAGUAUCUUCCUUGAGAUCUUUCGUGAUCAUCUUUCCUACGAAAGCUCUCAUGGCCUCUCUAAAUGUCAGAAUGUGGUCCUUUAGCUUCUUUUUCUUAAUUUAUAGGAUUCAAUAGGUCUCACAUGGUUCUUUUCUGUGGUUGUUAUAUAUUCACAGGACUCACCAGCAGUUGAUUCAAAUGACCCACUUGCUAUGGUAAACCACAGGGACUUUGAACCAGGCUCAAAGCGCCAUGAACAUUGUAAUCGAGGCUACGAGGAAACAGUUCUGAAAGAAGCCUUGAAAGAAAUGAACGACCUUGAUGUUGCAGUGAAAGAGGUUCGUCUCCUUUAAUCAGAGAGUUGUGCCUAGAUUUUAACCUUUAGACUUUCUAAUUUCAAAGGUAAAUCUUCCAUUUCAAUUGAUUUGUUUUUUAUUAUGUUCUAUUUAAUUAUAAUACUGCUUCUCCAUUCAGUUCACCAACUGCAGUUUGUUCGUGUUUUUGUAGUCAUUGUAGAACAGUCUAUUUUGAAAAACCUUUUCAAACUUUUACUUAAAAUCGAAACUAACAAACGAAAGAUUGAUAAGUACUUUUUUUUAUUUUGUCGUUUUGUUUGUUGUUUGUUGUUUAUUAUCUUUUGUUCUGUUUUUCGUUAUUUAGAACAUCGAAAGCGAAGGGCGUGUAGGUGGAUUUGCAGCUCAGCAAUCUUCUAAUUACGAGGAUAACCUCGUUCACAUGACAAGGCAAUCUCACAGCCAAUCCUCUUUGAGUCCAGAGAACACAGGUAGGAAGAAGUCAAAGAAAACUAAGGUUGAACGGAGUAAAGACCAUGUCAGCGGUAAGAAUACGCUUUUAUCAUUUUGUAAAGGUUCCUGUUGACCUUAAAGUUAGUUUUCAAGUUUAACCCUCCAAAACAAGAAAGGAAGACAGUGCAUUCUCAUUUCAUACCUCUUAAUUCCUUUAUUUUUCGUGCAAUUAUGCUGCGAUUUUCAGUUCAAUAUCGUGGCGAUUUUGUGGUGAUUCUGUUGCGGUUACCUUAUGCCACAGUUAGUACAGUCGACUCUCUCUUAACGGACACCUCUAUAAGACGGACACCUCCUUAAAACGGACACCUAGAGUUGGUCCCUGCCUUUAUUUACUCCCUUUAUUUGACUAUCUAUAAGACGGACAUCUCUCUAAGACGGACACUUACUGCCGGUCCCAAAGAUGUCCGUCUUAGAGGGAGUUGACUGUAUACCUGAUAAACAAGUAUUCGGCAAGAGACUCAAGAUACAGGUUUUUGACUACUCUCAAGCAGAAGUUUGGAGAAAUUAUCAAUUAUUACCAAUUCUCGCGAAGCCUUGACGAUUUUCCGCUGGUUUACACGAACGGAUUUCAAAUCGCAUCUAAAUGGACAGUAAAAACGAAGCAGAUCGAAAGUGGCGCUAUAGAAAUCACCCGUGUAAAGGAGCCUUAAGAUAGAUCAUAGUAGAGGAAACUGGUUAUGAAAGGCGACAAACGUCAAAGUUUAUGUUUAUGUUGCUGUAGUUUAUGUGAGAAGCUCCCUGACUGUGCACAGUCCUUUGGUCAGUAAGUUCAAAGUGAUUGGAAUGCUGUGCAUCCUGUUUCUUGCAUGAGAGGGGAGUGGUGAGGUUGGUGAUCCAUGCAUUUAUUUGUCUUUUUUUGUUGUUGUUGUUGUUCCUUCUUUUGGCAACACAGAAGGAACCGUCGAAUGGGACUACUAUUACGAAGCAAACGCAUCAACUGAAAGCGAAGCGGGUCCUGUGGAUACCAAGGUAGAAAAUGUUUUAGUAUUCUCGAUUAUUAUGUGGCUGAAUCCGGAAGCGGGUAAUAUGAAGCGAAUCAUGCUUUCGGAUCGGCUACUAGAGCAGGCAAAAUGAACCUGUCUUGCCCGCUCGCGAUUUUUCGCGUUUGUCCCGCAAGACUGAAAAUAACCCUUUUUGGCCAUAUGGUAAAUCCUUUAUAGACCAAGCUUGUUUGGUCAAAGAUGGCAUGAUAUUGGCCUCAGGAUUUCUUCAGCGUUUUUUUUUUUAACUCGACUUCGUCUCGCUCCUUAAAAUCCAAAAAAACGAACGUGGCCAAUAACUUGCCAUCUUGACCGAACAACCUUGGUCAAUAACGCACUUUUAAGAGUACGCGUGGGACUGGAUCGGUGUGGUGUCGAAUUGCAUCAUGGGACUAUUUUAUUGACGGAAUAAUUUCUAAUCCUUUUACUGGCUAUUACGAGGGGAACUGGGUCAAGAUACGCACAUAACCAGUACGUUUUUCACUAGAAAACGUAAGUUGAACCUCGACUAACUGCCACCGCUGCACAACGGCCACAUCUUUACAACGGCCUUUUUUGUCCCGGUAGACAAAAAAAUCCGUACAUUGAUUCUUGUUUAAACCUCUUUACAACGGCCCUUCUUUCUAAUGGCCUCUCUCUUCUUUCCCCAAUGUGGCCGUUAUGGAGAGGUUCAACUUUAAUAAACUUUUUUGUCAGUGUGUUUACUUCUUUCUUUAUUUUUUCAGCUUUAAACUACACUGAAAGGAACUAAAAGAAGUGGAUAACCGUAACUGUUUUAAAGCUUUAAACUCGAUAACACGAAGCGCAUUCAAGUUAUUAAAUGAUAAAGUAACUGUACGUUUUUUGGGGGGGUUUGCGUUCUAAUGUUUAACAACAUUAAAAAGUAAAUGUUAAAAGAUUUAAAACCUUAAAAGUACUUGCUAAAACGUAGCUGUAGUUAAACCCCUCAUUUUUUAUGUAGGUGUUUAAUUUUCUUAUCAGGAAAAGUAUAUAAUUUUUCUAAUUCGAAAAAGCAUAUGCUGAGUUUUGUUUCUUGUCAGUUUUUCCUUUUUGUUUUCCUUAAAUAUCUAAAGGAAGGAAAAGUGAUUUUUUUUCAUGAUCACAACCAUGUAACCUUAGCCUAAAAGUUUAAGGAUAAAAUUACAGUCUGCACUAAAAAAUUAAAGAGAGAAAAUCUUGAAUAAACAUGCAACUUUAAAGUAACAAAAUUAUUAUCGGCCACUGAAUGGAAGGAAAUAAAGUUAAAUUUUGAGAUCAUUUUAUAAAUUCAGGUUAAGUUUUUACUUUUAUAACUAAGAACUAAACUUAAAUAAGAUCUCCUAAAUAGUGUAACUACAAGCCCCUCAUGGGCCUCUAGUGUAAGUAAACUUCAAUUUAAAAUUUGCCUUUUUUGAAUUAUACUAAAUUUGUUAUCGAGAUAUUUUUCUUUACUUGGGUUUCGGUGUUUAAUAAUUUCUAUCACAACGAACUGUACAUUUAGACUCGUGAAGCUGAAAUAAAACGGAAAAUUUAAUAAUCCAACGCACGUAAUAGGUAAACUUUUAUCAACGGUGAAUCACGACGACGGUAAUGGGAAGAACCAGCAGAUAGCUCACACAAGAGACUUUAAAGCCCCUUCAUAGUUUGUUGGUUCAGAAUAUCAUUUCCAAAAGUUCAAACAUUAUGCACGCACUAUAAGGUUGAGUCCACACCAUCCUAAGAGAGUUUGGGGCAGACAGUGGGGCGAAGAAAAGUCUAAACGGGUGUAGCCUGUUCCAGGCUCUCAGAUAGUGUAGAAGACGCGAAAGUGAAAGUUAUGCGCCCUUCCUCUUUCCAAUUUCCUCCCGUUUUAUUUUCAUUCUCGCGCUUUCUGAAUCCCCGCGGACCGGACUAUUGGUGCCCGGAACAGGCUAAAACGGGUGGGAAAAAAGAUAUGUCUACACCAGCCUCGUUCCCGGGUCUCUCCGGUACCGUGUGAAUGAGGCUGUGUCCACAAGAGUCCUUUUAUUGUACACGCAUAUAAGUUAUGUGUUAACGUGCGUAAACAGAUAUAUCUGUAAACAGUCUCAAGACUGGACGCGUUUGUAACUGGUAAAUAUCGCGUUGGUCUCCUUUAGACAGCAGUGAGAGAGACGUUGUUAUGCGUUUACUUAAACGAACUGGUGUAGUCAUACGCUGGGUUAUCAAGCCUAUGUUUCCUUGAUAGAUAUGCAUCACAUGUAUGCAUGCGGCCUGCAUCACGUGCAGGCUCGUUGAGUGUGGACCAGACUUCGCAUCCUCUUUCUCCGUUUACUGUUGCUGGAGUUCAGUUCAGUCGGAGCUUGGUUACUACUAAACUGACUGGCUGAUGGCAGCCAUAACAGAGAACAAGUCAUACCCUAUACAAGUCACUUUAAUAUGGCAAGCCGACAACUGACUUAAAAAUCCGUAAAUUUUUGCAACCGAGAGUUGCCAGUGGUCUCCCUUGCAGCCUUUUUUGUCUCGUCAAGCAACGCGCAUCCCCAACGGGUUGUUGGAGAGGACCGUUGCGUGACGAGACAAAGACGGCUGCGAGAGAAACUAAGUUGCUAAGGGCUGAGGGGAGAGCCGCUUUGUCAACCCGUCACUUAGAGUGAAAUCUUUCUUUCAAAGCACGAUUUUGAUUGCACAUGAAGUAACAAAAUGGAUUUGUUAGGCCUUCGAAUUCUGAUCUUAACGAGAGAGCGGUGUGAGGAUCUAUUCUCUACACAAGACGUGAUAACAUAUGUAUUAGCUUAGGUAAACCUGGUAAAACAAUUCUCUUAACAGUCACUCCAAGACAUUUUGCUGUCCUGUUCGAGUCCCCAAUUAUUCCCUUGCCCUGAACGUUGAGAACCAUACAGACCCUUGGAAAUAUGCUGCCCAAAUAUUAGGGUAUAGAGACUGCUUUAAAUAGACGUCUGGGCUCUUAUUAUAACCGAAAUACACGUCCAGUUUGUUUUGCCCUCAAAUAGAGCGAACUCAAUAAAUUCUGGAAUUCUUGCAGUCACGUGGGCAGAUACGUAAGGCGCGCCAGCUGGUAGAGGAGAUGAUCCAGCAAAUAGCAAAUGGAGAUGUGAACAAGGAGUACAGAAGCUUAGCAGCUGAACGCACUGAAGGCUCCUGCUUGUGUGCAAAGUGAGUACUGUCUUAUUGAUGUAAAAUCCAGCAAGUGGUCUAUUAUCAAUGCUGCAUUCUGAUUGGUUGAGCUACUACUAGGCUAUAUGUUAUAGCCCACUAGUAGCGAAAAGCACCGGCUUUUUGGCGGCAAAAGAGGAUUAAAGUCUAGCUUUAAGUAGCUAAAGUUGUUUUGCCUCGAUAUUUUUGACCAACUAGUUGGAUUUUACUGAAACAAUUAUUCCUCUCGCCCUCAUGGCCUCUGAGUCAAUAGCCCUUUCGGCUUUCGGCCUCAUGGGCUAUGGACUCAGAGCUCAUUCGGGCUCGAGGAAUAAUUGUUAAAUAUUCACUUGGGAGUCGAGGCAUACAGGUGAGAUCUAGCACUACUGCUGUAGACCGGCCAGUUUGAUGAGUUGUGACGAAAUGUUAAGGUUGGACAAGAGACUAUAAAGGGGACAGAGAGGGCAUCCCCCAUAUACACCCUAUUCCAUAGGUAAUUCGUCUCGAGUUAUUUUUAACACCAAAGAUCUCAAGGGGGAUUAGACAACAGCCAAUCACAUAGCGCGAAUGUGUUCCGCGUGGAUGACCCACACUGAGAGCCACGCGUCCUUCACGAAAUGACGCAGAACAAAAUGGGGGAAGACGCGAAGAGCGAUUUUGCUAUUCCUUUUGUCGACGAAAACGACUACAGCGAGAUUUCUGCGAAAGCUGUGUCAGCGAAACCGAAAUUUGAAAAAAAUCACCCUUCCUCUCUUGUAUAGAGCUAACAGUAGAGCAGGGAAAUCCUUAACACACUGAAUAUUCUCUCAGGAUCAUUUAUAAUUUACAGUUUGAGGAGAGCAAUUUCUGGUUUGAUGUUUAUUUUUUUCAGUCUUUAUAGCGAUUAUUCCUACCCACUUACUUUGUCAAUUGUAGGCGAACCCUCCUAAAGCUGAAUUUCAAGGGAUCAUAUUCAAGCUCAGAAAGAGAAAUAAAAUUUCGUCGUUGCUUAUUUACGUCCUCCAUAAAACGCGAAAUUAGGCAUUUUCACGUCGUAGUCGUGCAAAAACGGGAAAGAAAUGAACAAAAAAGUGUGUUGCACGUGCGAAGUUGUUGUUUUAAUUAAACCUAUUGUUUUUUUUGACGUUCUAGUUGUCGUCCGCGUCGUUGGAUCUUAAACUCCCUAAAUUGUACAAACGACCGGUUUCAAUAGACCGGCGAAAUUUCUCAUUUUAUUAAAGCACUGAGGUUACGACAACUUCGAGUUAAACUGAUUUCACGGGUUGUCAAAGAGUCCAGCGAUUCCUUUUUCCCACGUGAGCGCCGACUCAUUUCGCUUCAAUAUUCAGGAAUGCUCUCGAUCUUUUUACGCUUUCAUUGCCUCUCGCCCGACAUGUUUUGCACGGCGUUUGGUCAUGCGAAACCUCCACGAAACAUCCACGCCUCGCGCGAGGUAACUUUAUCCCGAUUCUAAAAAUAACUCGAGACGAAUUACCUAUGGAAUAGGGUGAAUAUGGGGGAUGCCCUCUCUAUCCCCUUUAUAGUCUCUUGGGUUGGAUUAACCCUUAAAACCCGAAUAUCAUUAUUGAAAUUCUCAUUCUCAAUUCUCAAUUUCCUAUGAAACUAGUAGGGAGAAGUUAUCAAAAUAUCAAUCAAAUUUAUCUUGUGUGGUCAUAUCAUUAAGUGAUGCUGAUCACUCUCUUUAAGCCCUGGGAUAGUGCGAUACCACAUUUCUUGCUAUUGUUGUACAGAGUACUUUUAUACCUCCGUUAUUUCGUUCGUGACUUACAUCUCCAUUUAAAUUAGUACAUUUAUCGAGACCUUUCGAUAAAUAAUAAUGCUGUUUUCGAUUGUGUCGUAAGGUUUUGUGGGAUUUCUAUUGGCUCCGUGGCUGCCAAAUCAAUUUUAGCUGCGCUGGCGUUUCGCGCGAUAAAGAAAACUAUAAAUUCGAACCAUGUGUAUAUUGCGGUCACCUAAUACUUGAUAACUUGAAUCUGUUUAUUUCCCUAGUGAUCCAGUUAAUCUGCCUAAAAACCGCUACAAGAACAUUCUGCCAUUCGAUCAUUCGCGCGUAAAACUUAUGCAAGAAGACGGCUGUGAUUACAUCAAUGCAAACUUCCUGGAUGGUUUUAAACAGAAAAACGCUUAUAUUGCAACCCAGGUAAGAGUGGCGAAUGAACAAAGACUCACGGUGUAAACCAAAAUUAUCCCAAUUAAUUCCUGAGGCCACAGUUAUCGGAUAGUGUGCAGCUCUCUAGAACCUCUAAUUUCAUUGGAUCUUCUAUAGCACGAAGCUCUAUUGUGUUAGGGCUAAGGUCCGUUAUUACUGUUGUUUGUUCAUUGUUAGUUUUACCCCAGAAGUCUUUGUUUGAAUGGACGUUACCACUUUACGAUUUCAACCACAGCCCAACAAGAGAAUCGUAAAACAAAAUAUAAUGCUGUAUAGUAUACUUUUUAGACCAAUGGAGUUUCGUUAACGGACUAGUAGAAAAUUAAAUAGGGUAACGUUAGUUUAGGUCUUUGUUCUGAAGAAGGUUUAAACUUUUGUUUUAAGAACAACCAGUUGCUAUUAAGAGGGCGUGAAGUCUCUCUCGGGCAUUUUUUUCCCCCUUGGGUUUUGUUACAUGGGUGUUCUAUCUGCCUAACGCAUGUUUCAAUUGACAUCAUUCCAGGGUCCGCUGGACAGCACAAUCGCUGACUUCUGGCAGAUGGUCUGGGAACAAAAUGUUCACGUGAUUGUCAUGUUAACAAGACUGCAGGAGGGCAAGAAAGUUAAGUGCGUCAAGUAAGCAUCUCCAUCUGUCUUCGUUUUAAAUUUCUUCUAUACUGGAAAAAGAACGAGUGGGUCUUUCUUACUGAACUUGCUUUCCUUAAACUGAUUCUUUGCUUCCUCUUGCUUCGCUUAAAGGUAUUGGCCUGACACCGAUGAAGAAGUGACGUUUAAAGACUUUGUUAUUACCAGUACGUACAAACGGUGAGUUACGUUCUUAUGAGUGCCAUAAUCGCUGAGUCUGUCUGUUAAGCCCCACAAGUCGUGAAAUAGCCGCGCAUAUUUUCUGCCAAACCAGCAAAUGGGGUGUGUCUCAUCACCCACGUAAAUAUCACUCAAACACUCAGUCACUUGGCACACUUUGUCAAAACUUUGUUUGUUGUAGUUCCAUUAUCGUUAUUAGAACAGUACUGUGGCAGACGAAUUUCUGCCCUUUAAGACAAAUUCGGGGACUCAGACCAGUUGGCACUCUCAGGUAGUUCACUUGGUCUCAGACCCGGCUUUGACAAGAAACAUCACACUUUGUUAUAUGAAAGCAAGGUUAAAAUUCUUUCUUUCCGUAUCACAUAAACUAAUGCUGAUUUGCUCCUUUGACUGUUUUUUUUUUCUUCUACAGAAAACUGGACAGUCGAGUAGUACGUCGUUUUAUUCUUGAACAUUCCGGCAGCGGCGAAUGUCGAGAGUUGACCUACUUUCAAUUCACCGCUUGGCCAGACUUUGGUAUCCCGUCAUCCCCUGCUGACUUUCUCGAACUUUACUACGAGAUAAUGCAGGAGUAUAAGUCUCUUCCGGUCUCCGCGACUCCCAUCUUGGUUCAUUGCAGUGCAGGGGUUGGGAGAACCGGGGCUUUUUGUGCCAUACACAACUGUCUACAAUCGUUUAGAUCUACAGGAAAGAUUGAUGUAGCGGAAAGUGUUCGUAGUUUGCGAAAACAGCGGUCCGGAAUGGUACAAACUUUAGAGCAGUACGUGUUUUGCUAUAAGUGCCUUGUUCUUGCUCUAUUGUAUCAGAUCAAAUUGAAGAAACUCAGGGGGACUUCUUUGUUAAGUCAGUCUGCGUUGUCAUCAAGUGGCGUAUGGACUUCAGUGGAAAGAACUCCAAGUCCUCAAGACACUAGUAGUGACAGCAAUGUCACGCAGUCGAGGCUUCAAAGUCCGACUUCAGGAAGGAGCCAGGAAUCAGUCACGUCACAUGGCGCGCCUCCGUAUUCAUAUAGUCAGCAGAUGCUGCCUCCUGUAGAGCUUCGGGACGUUUCGCGUGGUUUCGAUCCCUCAAAAGAAGUAGCUGAGGGAAAGGAGCUCCCUCCUGUGGUUGUGCAUGCAACUCCAAAGAAGUCUGUUUCAAAAGAGGCGUCUCCUUUUAUCAGCAAAGACGAUAUUGCGAUAAGUGGGGAACCUUUCCGUGGAGAUCCUAGGAAUCUAGAAAUACCCGUUGGGGCUACCGGUCGCAGAAAAACAACAGGGAAUGUCAGACGACGGCCUGAUCUAGGUUCUCCGCCACCUCCACCUCCCCCGCCUCCGCCUCCUCCCUCUCUCGUAGCAUCCAUAGCAGCUGAAGAAAAUAACGGCGGAGAUACUGACUCAUUUCCCGAACUUCCAGAGGUGGAUUACACCGAUUUCAACUCGCUUGAUCACAAUGGAGAACGUGAUUCUCCUCCCCUUCCCCCACCACCGGCGGAAUUGUUUCUGCCUGUGGAGCCGGAUGAGCAACCAAAAGGCCAUUUUGACUCUUCUGCAUGAAGGAGGCAAACGAGUUCUUCGCUGGCCAAGUAGACGUUCUGACAGUCCAGUUAGUUGGUUCUCGGUCAGGUGGGAAAAUGGACAACUUCAGGCGACUUCGUCCGUCCAAAAGAAACGACUUGCGGGAAUACUAGCCUGGCUGCGAAACACAUUGUGAACCAGCCUAUUUAAAUAGUGCUUUCUAGGGUUUUAGUUGUUUCGACUUUACUUUAUAAACCCUAAGGCUUCAAUUAGCGGUGAACAUCAGAUGGAAUAACAGACCAUUUUACAGUGGUGGGUAUGGUACCCCAGCCUUCCAGUGAAUGUGAGGCUCAGGUUGACCCUGUUUUGAUUAGGGUUAGAUACAUUAUGCCGACAUAAUUUUAUGCAUAAUGCCAUAGUAGAAGCAUCGAACAUGAUGCCGGUAUAAUUGGCAUUUUUUUAGUAGCAAAAAGAGAACAAUAAUACUUUAAAAAUAAUAAUACUUCUAUAAAUGUAAAUAUGAGACAUUUUAGCUUCCAAGUUCUUUUAGUGAGAAAUUAACUUAUCAAAGGCUUUGUUGCUGCUCUCAAGGCCUAGUUACGGAUUGCAUCGUCAUGCCAGGCUGCAAAUAGAAUGCGAGCAGUCUCUCAUUUUCUUCAGGUUUAGUAAUGGGACUGCACGCGCGCGCGCUGCUUAGUAAGGAAAGUGCAUGCGCUCGCGAGCGUUGAGAGGCGAAGCCGCGAGACGCGAGAAACGAGGGCAGCAGCCGCAUUCCAAGCCGUUUUCAAUUUGCCAAACGCUUUUAUGUCAACACCACUUAUCGUGAACAGUUUCAUGAAAGCAUAUGGCGUAGACUAGAAAAGCAUUUGUCUUCUUAAAAUGACCCACUGAGGAAGAGAUCUGGGUGUCCAAAGAUUUCCUAAACCGCGGUCUAAGUUAGACUUCGUUUGAAUAACCGACUCAAUGUAUCUAACCCUAGUUUUAGUACAACGGAAACCUCCUUUGUUUGCUUGUGGAAGUUAUGCUUGUAAAAUACUUGUUAGCGUAAGAACAACAUGAUUUACAUAAGAAGGCAGGAAGGGUUGUAUCAAAACAAGGUCAACUCCAGUCUCUAUAACUAUAGAAUAGACCAAUUCCGAUAUAUUAAAAUUCAUACUUGGCUGCGAGGCUUGGGGGAAUAAAACAAAAGAAAUCACAGA